UCAAAGGGGCCGCCCUGAGGACCCGCAGGGACCAGGAACGUGCUCAAGUCUUUUCCCUGUAUCAACAGGGACCAUCUAUUGGACAGGACGAUGAUGGUGACGAUGAAGUUGUUCCGGACAGGUUUGGUUUCUUGUGUGAGAAGCCACUUCCCAAAGACAACACACUGGGGACUAAGCAGAGACGAACAGAGUCCAGGAGACUGACCAAGUGGGUCAAAAUGCUAAAAAACUAUAGCAAGUACCAUGACAGUGAGAAGUUCCAUCAACGCAUUUUUAAGGGAAUCCCUGGUCAGGUGCACGGGAAAGUGUGGAGGCUACUCCUGGGUGUGGAUGCAAAGAAGGCCCAGAACCCAGGAAAAUUUGAGGAGCUUAAAGAGCAAGCCAAGCUGCGCUCCAAUCAAUUUCAUCAAAUUGAUUCUGCGGUGUGUUGGACAUUUAGAAACCACCUCAUGUUCCAAAAACGAUAUGGACUAAAGCAGCGAGGUUUGUUCGAAGUCUUGAUGGCCUAUGCCAUGUAUAAGCCGGAGGUGGGCUAUGGCCAGGGCCUGAGCCACGUAGCAGCCCUGCUGCUAAUGUGGCUAGGUGAGGAGGAUGCAUUUUGGGCUCUGGUCCAGCUCAUGGAGAAGGAAAAAUACUCAAUGGAUGGUAGGUAGACCACAAUGGUGGGCCCACUCUGUGCACAUCCACUCACAUGGCCAUGAAGGCAUGGGAUUCAGUCUUUUCUCCCUUACUGUUUGCUGGGUGUAUAGGGCAGUCCUCCUCUGGAGGAUUCCUGAGAAGCCAGGGCUGGCAGAGGCCUCCUCUACUGACCACACGCCCC